AUGACCAAUGUCGACGUUCACCAGCUCAACGAAGCCGAGAAGUCCCUGGCUCACACCAGGUUUGAGCACGAACUUGGAUUUUGGCAAGCCGUUCGAUACUACCGUCCUGCCAUCCUUUGGGGCUGCUUCGCCAAUCUUGCCGUCAUCUUAUGCGGUUUCGAUGGAGCCUUGAUUGGUAGUUUGGCCGGUUUGGCACCGUUCAACCGGACCUAUGGCCAACUGGUCAAUGGCAGUUGGUCUGUCCCUCCACAUUGGCUUUCAGCCUUCAACUACGCAGCCUAUGUUGGCUCCAUUCCCGGUGCGCUCAUGGGAGGCUGGGCUUACGAUAAAUUCGGUGUUCGUAUCGCACUUGCCGCUUUCUCGCUUGGAUCCAUCGGUUCGAUCUUCUUGCAGUUCUUUAGUCAAGGAUCCGCAGUCCUCUUCGUUGGCGAGCUUCUCAAUGGCGUGAUUACAGGUGGCUAUCCUGUCAUUGCAAACGCUUAUCUAAGCGAAGUCAGUCCUGUUGUAACUCGUGGUGUCAUCGCCGCCUUCAUCAACUUGAGUUAUGUCAUUGGCCAGCUUGUGGCAUCCGGUCUGCUCAAAGGCACAAGCACCAUGGAUUCGAAGUGGGCAUACAAAAUCCCAUUCGCAUGUCAAUGGCUCCUCCCAGUCUUCAUACUUUCCCUUAUCUUCUUCAUCCCAGCCGGUCCAUUCUGGCUAUGCAAAAAUGGAAAAUAUGAAGAAGCAUAUGCAGUAUUGAAACGACUGACAACUGGAGGUGUCGACAUUGACUGCCAGCUUGCCAAUGUCAAAGAGACCAUCCGGCUGGAAGAAGCAUCAAAAUCUAAGGUCAGCAUCAUCGAAUGUUUCCGAGGCACCAACCUACGCCGCACCAUGAUAUCUUGUCAGGUCUUCAACAUGCAAGCACUCUGCGGUAACAUUCUCUUCAUCAAUUAUGCAGUGUACUUCUUCGAGAUCGCCGGCCUGGACGCCGCUGACGCCUUUUCCAUGAACAUUGGCCUGACAUGCUUGGGGUUUAUCGGCACCCUAGCGUCGUACAUUAUCAUCUCAUAUGUGGGAAGACGUACGAUUUACCUCUGGGGAUCUGCAUCUAUUGCCUUGCUAGUGGGUCUCAUUGGUAUCCUGGGGGCAAUUCCAGCAUCACAGCAUAGCGGCGGUGCUGCUUGGGCGAUGUGUGCGUUCAUGGUUAUCACGGACUUCAUCUACGACCUUUCCGUUGGACCUCUGUGUUUCACCAUCAUGUCGGAAGUCUCAUCUGUCAAGCUUCGUGGAAUCACAAUCGCCCUGUCGAACGUCUCCGUCGUCAUUUUCUCUGUUGUGUUUGCGGUUGCAAUUCCAUAUGCACUCGACACUAACGGAGCUAAUUGGGGUGGCAAGCUUGGUUUCCUGUUCUUCGGUGUCGGUAUUCUCGAUACUCUUUGGGUCUGGUUCUGUCUACCGGAGACCAAGGGUCGCACUUUUGAGGAGUUGGAUUUGAUGUUCCAGAACAAGGUGCCGACCAGGAAGUUCAAAACAUAUCAGAUCGAGGGUACACAUAUCAUUUCGCAGGAGAUUGAUGGCCACCAAGCACCUUGA